CAAUGCCAAGAUUAUGAAUAAUGUCUCUUAAAAAUUUUUUUUUCUCCUUUUCCUCCUUGGAUUCCAAAGAGGGAAGGGCCUAUAUUAGUGUAUCCUGUAUAGGUCUAUUACUUAGAUUUCAGAUCUUAGAAAUUGUUCUCUUGUUUCCUCUCAAAUUCCUACCCUUUCCAGUGUUCCGGAAAUUUAAAACCCUUUCUUGUCUAUACCAAGCCAAAUGGGCCACCUGUGGUUGAAGUUCCCAGUCCACAUGUCAGAAAAUGCCAAAGGUUGUAAAGAAUGUGCUGAAGCCAAAGGACUGGAAUGGCCCAUCUAGCUGUAUGGGAGUUUUCCUCUUCCCACUGGGAAAAACAGAGCAAGAGCUAGACAGCAAUUUCAUACCCAUACUUGGAUUCUAAGUAGGUAGUGUAUCCCAAAACUUUGUUUUAAGGUAGGUGUUGGUGUCUUGUUUUCCCAGGUUAUUACCUGUAUUCCAUUAUUAUUAGCUUUGGUUUUUGUGUUGAAUAUCUGACCAUUUUUCUUAAUUCUGCUGAUAACAUACCUGACUAUAAACAUAUAUUAAUUUUAUCCAUAGAAAUCCAUCCAAAUUAAAAAAAAAUCUCCUUACCAGCCCCUCUCUUUACAUAGUGUUGCUAAAAAAAGAAGGCAGUUCCUAGAUCCUUUAUAUUUAGACAUAAGAAGAACCUUAGGGAUUAUCUAGUCCAAAACUCAUUUUAUGGAUGACAAAACUGAAGUCCAGAGAAUUUUUAAGUAAUAUGCCCAAGAUAACAGAGAUCCUACAUUUCAAAUAAGAACCCACAUCAACUGACAGUUUGGUUUGGGAUUGAAAUUUAGAGCUCCACAUGUGAAUGAGUUAGAUUUUAUUUUAUGUUAUUUUAAAAUUAUUAACUUCUGUCUCAGUAUCAGUUCUAAGACAGGAGAGCAAGGGCUAGGCAAACAAAGUUAAGUGACUCAUGCAGGGUCAUACACAUCUAGGAAGUGUCCAAGGUCAUAUCUGAACCUAGGUCCUUCUAACUCCAGGCCAGGUACUCUAAUCCACUGUACUACCUAGCUCCUUCCAGAAGGUAUUAAGAUUUUAAACAUUUAAAAAUCUAGUAUGUGACCUACUGUCCUCAUAAGGGUGUUGUGAGGAAAAUUAUUUGUAAAUUGUAUAUUUAUCAUGUACUUACACACAUACAUGCACAAAUAGGUACAUAUAUAUUUGACCAGACCUAUAAUUUCACCAGUGUAGGGAAAAGGUAAAGAACUCCCUCUACCACUAUACAUAAAUAAAUACCUUCCCUGAGCUUAGAGUCUUAGAUAGCUACUUGUGGUAUUGAGAGAUUAAGUGAUUUGCUGAGGGUCAUACAAACUAAUAUAUGGCAGAAGUCAGUUUUGAACUCAGAUCUUCUUGACUCUGAGGUCAGCUUUUUAUAAUCCUCAUGGAUAGUAUUAAAAUAAUCAUAAUAACUGGCAAUUCUAUGAUGCUUUUAAAUUUGCAAAGCACUGUACAAAUAUCAUCUCAGAGAAGACUCACACCAACCUUUUGAGGUAGGUGCUAUUUUAUCUAUUUUUUAUAGAUGAGGAAACUGAGGCCACAGAGAGGUCAGAUGACUUAUUGAGAGUCACAAAACUGGUAAGUGCCUGAAUCAGGAUUCAAAAUCAGAUCUUUCCUCAUUCACCUACCUCCAUUAAUUAAAUUAAAUUAAAUUAAAUUUUUACAUAUUUUAUAUUUAUUAAUUUAGCACAUAAAUUAAUUUAAUUAAUUAUAAUUGUAAUUCAUUGUAACAAAUAUUUUCUGCUGAUCAUGUGUGAAAUGGGGAUUGUCAUUGAGGAUACAAAGACACUUCUUUUGGCAUCCAUAAAGUGAGGGAGUUGGACUAGAAUAUGUCUAAGGAUCUUUCUCAAUCUUUCUACAAGGCCGAUUGAAUGGAUGGCCCCAUCUAGGAUUCCAAAUCGAUUGCUUUUUCCUGUAUACCGUCUUGCUCUUGAUAGUAGUGAGAAUGAAGAAGCCAAAGAAAUCGUGUCUCCAAAAUGUUAUUUUCCAUGUUUUUUUCUAAAACUUGCAGGGGUUUGUGGCCUGAUUUCUCGCAGACCUAUUGGCCGAGUUCCUCAGGCUCUGAUCUUCACACACCUGUACUAGUUUGCAUGGCUACUGUGUCCUUUGUGGGCUCGCUACAUGAGCAAACCUCUCUGGGAGAAAUAAAUCUUCACUGAACCGGCUCCAUGCCAGCUGCCUUUGGGGCUGCUAUGAAAACAACAUCCUUUCUGCGAUUAACAUUGUUUCUGAGCAGAAUUCUUUCAAUCGCCUUAAACGCCAACCACCCACUUUAAAACAACGGGAGGAACCACACGGAGGCUUUUGCCUCACUGACUGAGAUAAGGCACUUGCCAUAUUGUGCGGAAAAUUUAAUUAGGCUAAGUGAAACAAUUGGAACGGCAUCCUGCCCCGAGAAGGAAAGGGAAUUAACCUUUGUCUGCUGCUGCUGUGCCCAAGGUCACAGUAUUGGGAAGAAUGUCAUCUGUGACCGAACAGCUACACCCCUGGAUGCCUUCCGGAUGAUGUCAGCUGCCCACUACUACCCCAAACUCAUGAGCAUCAUGGGCAAUGUCCUGCGCUUCCUGCCGGCUUUUGUGCGUAUGAAGCAGCUCAUUCAGGAAGGUUAUGUAGGGGACCUGCUGGUAUGUGAGGUUCAGGUACACAGUGGGAGCCUCCUGGGCAAGAAGUACAACUGGAGUUGUGAUGACCUGAUGGGAGGUGGGGGCCUGCACUCCGUGGGCACUUAUAUUAUUGACCUACUGACCUUCCUCACCAGUCAGAAGGCAGUGAAAGUCCAUGGGCUGCUCAAGACUUUCGUGAAGCAGACAGACCACAUCAAGGGCAUCCGCCAGAUCACCAGCGACGACUUCUGUACCUUCCAGAUGGUGUUAGAGGGUGGUGUGUGCUGCACUGUGACCCUCAAUUUUAAUGUGCCAGGAGAAUUCAAGCAGGACAUAAUUGUGGUGGGUUCUGCUGGGCGACUGAUGGCAGCUGGCACAGAUCUUUAUGGCCAGAGGAACAGUGCCCCACAGCAGGAACUCCUGCUCCAGGAUGCCACUCCUGUCAGCAACUCUCUUCUGCCAGAGAAAGCCUUUAGUGACAUCCCCUCACCGUACCUACGGGGUACCAUCAAAAUGAUGCAGGCAGUACGGCAGGCUUUCCAGGACCAGGAAGACCGACGGACCUGGGAUGGGCGGCCCCUCACCAUGGCUGCCACCUUUGAUGACUGCCUCUAUGCUCUGUGUGUGGUAGACACUAUCAAACGGUCUAGCCAAACAGGGGAGUGGCAGAACAUUACCAUUAUGACUGAGGAGCCAGAGCUGAGCCCUGCCUACCUGAUUAGCGAGGCCAUGCGCAGGAGCAGGAUGUCUCUAUAUUGCUAGCAUGGGUUAGGGACAGGAGUGAUAUAGGAAAUUUGGGGAUGACUGGGGGCAGUGACUUAAGGGAGGUGGGGAAAGAAUGUAGCUGAAUACUUUUGGGAAGGGUGGAGAAAAUAAAAUUCCUUCUUUGCUGUAAAAAAGAAAACCCAAGGGUUUGUGGGAAGUGGACCCCAAAAGGGAUUCUUUGUGGGCAUGAACUAACCACAAGAGGAUUCAGAGUCCUGAGCUGCACACGUCUGGUCAGCAGCCAGUAGUACUAGCUGGCUAAGUUCUCAGUGGAAAUUCCUAUGUGGUUUUUCUGCCUCUUUUGCUUUUGUAUUUACUGUGAAAGAGAGAGGGCUUCUCCCCCCCCCCCCCCCCCCUUUACCCUUCUCUGCCCUCUCUCUGUAUCACUUUUCUCUACAUGUGGCUCUACAUCCCACAUAUACAUCCCUCCCAGUUUUCCUCCCCAGCCACAUGGUGCUGUUAGAUCAGGCUGCAUUCAAUGGUUAGCUCUGUUUGCUGCUGGCAUGAAUGGCCUUCCUUCCCCAUACCCGAUCCUGGCACCAUGUGGUCCUGCAAUCUUCUGCUAUGUCCAUUUUUCUCUAGAGGAAAAGGUUGUGCAGAAUGAGUGUGAGUGUAUGGGUGUGUGUGUGAGAGAGAGAGAGACAGACAGAGAGAGAAUAGAGGAGUGUAAGGGGAUUGUCAAGUAUGAUGAUUUGGAGGCUGGGCAGCCAUUUUUUAGAUUAUUUCUAGUGUUUGAAAGAGAGAGCAUCCCAAACCUAUGCUGUAGGGAAGAGUAUAGCUUUUCUGGAUGAGCCCUUUCCACUCACAGUCUGCUUCUAGGUUGUCAGUGAGGGUCCUUUCAAAAAUUAGCUACACCAUUUUUUUCCUGUUACUCUGAUAACUUGAUAGGAGCAUCAUGGAUGAGAAGCAGAAAGUAGGGCUCCCUUUGUUUUCUUUAAACAAAGUUGGGUUAGGAGACAGGGUAGAAUUGAACAAGUCAUCCGAAUCCAUCAACAGUUUGAAUAACUAUAUUGAAACCUCCCUAUAAACUCAUUAGAUUUUAAUACAAGUUUGGACUAGGAUUAUAGGUAACAAAGAGAACAUUAAGUUUCUCUAAUAUGCUUUUUUCUGCCAAGGUGGCUACACAGCUCAAAUCCCAAGUGUAUGUAGUAUUAUAUAGCACCCAGUGAGGUCCAGGUCUGCUUAGCUGAUAGCCCAUCUGCUCUUGGUACAGAAUGAGCAAAAAUGGGUGGCUUGACAUGGUAGGUAUAACAGCUAGACUCAACUUAAAAAUCACAAUACUUAUGGAAUUGUUUUUGAACUAUAUCAAACCUCUCUCUAUUCAUUUAGAAAAGUGAAGAAAAAAAUAUUCCAGAAAAGUUGCUCGGAUUUUUUCCCCUCAGGCUUGAAAGAGAAAGACCUGGUUAGUCCCCCCUAUCUUUCUAAAAAGAAUCCUUUCUUCUCUACCUCCUUUUCUUUGAUACUAGGAUCCAGGUCAGCACCUGAUAGAUUUUUGGUUAUGGCCUUUUAUAAUGCAAUCAAAGGGCACACUUUUCAAGGUUUCCUUAGUUUGAUGGGGUUUGAUCCCUCUGAUUUAGAACUACCCCCUUCAAAACUCCCCUUCCUUGGACAAAUUACUUAGCUUCUCUGUGCCUCCAUUUUCUAAUCUGUAAAAGGAGGGUGUUGGACAAAAUGACCUCUAUGGUCCCUUCCAGCUCUAAAUCUGUGAUUUAUACUGGGUUGACAGUAUAAAGUCAUUGAUAUUGUGUUGCUUUCCUCUCUGUCACAGACCCAUGCUGAGGGAAAGCAGCUGACCUUUAUUGGGGAUGGUAAGAACUUUGAGCUACUUCUCAGUUCACUAAAAGUAAGAUUAGAAGACAUUUCUAGAAGGCAUCUGGUACAGCCCAUUGCAAUUAGAGAGAUGCAUAUUUAAAAUGACUGGGAUCAUUAGCUUCUUUUCUUCCCCCUGACUCCCUACCACAGAGGAUCCCUGGGCUUCUAUAGUAUAUUCAUUCAAUUAUUUAAAAUGCCACUGGAAAUAUCCUCCAGUUUCCACUUAAAAGGAUUAAACUUGAGUAUCAUCCAGGUUGAAACAAUUCACCCUCUCUGCUAGGGACCUAACUGUAGCAUCCUUUGUAUUUUAGUCAAUGACUUAAAGCCAUUAUGUAAGGAGUACCAGGAUCUCACUAAAGUAGCUUCAAAAUAGGAAAUUUGGUAGAAUUUAGAAGUCUCAGCAGUGCCAUUUCUUUGAGGCAAUUACUCAUGGCUGGACUUCUCAUCCUUCUUUUCCUCGAUUUUAGUGAUAGGGAAGGGGUUAUUAGAAUGCUAGCAUUUGAGUAAAUAGAUUCUGUUCCUGAGUGAAAAGGUGUUUAAAUCCCAGCCUAGUUGAAAAGAGAUGGUUGUCAGCAGGGAGAGAGAGAGAGGUAAGGGCAAACUGGGCUACUCUUUUUGUUUCAAAAUUCCAAGUCACAUGCUAAAAUUAGGAAAAGUCUUGGUAACUCCCUAUAACACUAGGGAGAUUUUUUUUCCCCAAAGCGUUUAUAGUAGAAAUUUAGGGUCCUUUUUGGUAGCCUCUGAGUGCCCCUUUGAAGACAGGCUGUAAAAGGAAUGUGUAUUUUCUAGUUAAGAAAACACAGAAGUGGACAUUUUAACUUGGCAAAUCCCAAAGAGUGGCUUCUGGAAUGCCUUUGGUACAUGUAUAGGAAAGAGAAAUGACUAAAGGUAGUAUGGCUCUUUUAGUUAAGUCAAUAAAAACCAACAUGACUCAGUUCUCAGGCCUUAACUUCUGCUCCAGUGCCAACAGAGUCAUACUUUUGGCAGAUAGAGAAGAAAUAAGUAAUGGUUUUUAAAAAGAUUUAUAUUAAAUCUGGCUUCAAAUACUUUCUAGCUGUGUGUGACCCUGGGCAAGUCACUGAACCCCAGUUUUCUAGUCCAUACUGCUCUUCUGUUUUGGAACUGAUACUUAGUAUUGAUUCUAAGAUGAAAGAUGAGUCUUUUUUUUUUUUAAAGAUUUGUAUGGAUAUCUCUUGUUUUCAUAUUGCUUAGAUUUCUCCCCCUGUAUUUCUCUUUUUCCUUCUCCCAGAGACACAUCCCUUAUAAUAGUGAUUUUUAAAUAAAGGGAAAAAGGAAGAAGAAAAAAAUUCAAUAAAACAGACCAAUAUGUUUUUUGAAAUCUGAUGUUAUAUGUAAAGUUCCACAUCAUGGAUCUCAAACUCAUAAAAAAGAAUCUGGGGGAGGUCUCUGCCCAUAUUUUCAAAUUUCCUGGCAUGCUGGAACUAGAAUCCCAGAGGCUAUUGGGGCAUCUGGUAAACCUGAAUUGUCCCAGCAAUUGCUGACCUUUUUCUGCCUGUUUGCAGUGUUACCAGAGGAAUUACCAGGGGAAGGAAGCUACCCUUCCAUUUUGCUUAAAAUUCUGCUCCCGGUUGCUCUGCUGAUUUGCCCCUGCCCAGUUAGGAACUAUGAAAUAAUACAAAAAAAUUUAUCUCCAGAUAUUUUAUGGAAAGAAAUAUAGGAGAUUCUGCUACUAAGACUGCGAAGACUUCAUUAAAGUACCAGUGCAUUUAUGGGCAGGACACCCAUAAAUUCCCUGACUGAGGGAACUGGGCUAAUCCUGCUAGCACCAAGCUCAGGAUGAUGGGAUGUCCCUGAUGGGACUCCUCAAUGAUUCUUGAAGAUCAUAGAAUGUCAGUUGGAAAAAACUUCUCAGGUUAUCUAAUCCAAACCAUACUAAAGGUAUUACAUCUGCAGCAAGCUUUUCAAUCUCUAGCUGAAGACAUUCAGAAAUGGAGAACUUACUACUUCCUAACCCAGUCAAUUUGAUUUUUAGAUCGCUUUACUUACUAGUUUUUCACUUGGAGUGAAACUAAAGCUUUCUCUUCUAUACCUUCUGCCCAUCACUUCUAGUUUCAUGGCCCAUCCCUCUCCUUUACUCACUUUUUUUUCCCAGGAAAUCUAUUCCCAGUUACUUUAACCAUGAUUUUGAAUUCCCUUUACUAGUCACUCUUCUCUGGGUGCAUUCCAGACUAAUAGCAUUCCUAAAAUGUGACACUUAUAAAUAACAAUAUUAGAGAUAAGAUCUGAAUAGAGCAAAAUGAAACUUGCCUAUCUUGUUCUGAACACCAUAUUUCUAGUAGUAUGGUAUAAUAGUACAUUGAUUUUUUUUUUUUUGGUUGUCAUGUCACACUGUUGACUCAUAUUGAGUUUGAGGUAUACUAAAACACAUUCAUUUUUUUCCAUGAGCUAUUAUCUAGCCAUCUUAUUCUUAGGCAAAUUAAUUUUGAAAUUUUGUAUCCGAUUAUAGGAGUUUGCAUAUAUCACUUUAAAAUUUUAUAUGAACUAAUUUGGCCCUUUGCUCAAGCUUGUCAGGAUCUUUUUGGAUCCUGGACUCAGCAUCUAAUGUAUUUUUUUUAAACAUUUUCCUUCUGUCUUAGAAUCAAUACUGAAUAUUAGUUCCAAGGCAAAAGAAUGAUAAGGGAUAGGCAAUUGAGUUUAAGUUAUUUGCCCAGGGUCACACAGUUAGACAGUUAUCUGAGGCCAGAUUUGAACCCAGGACCUCCGGUUUCCAGGCCUGGCUCUCUAUCCAUUCAGCUACCUAGUUGCCUCUAAUAUAUUUUCUAUUUCCUUCAAAUUCAUAUCUCAUGAAAAUUUGAUUUAUAUAACAUCUGUGCCUUCAUUCAGGUCACUGACAAAAAUGUUAAGUAGAAUGGGGCCAAGGACAAAGCUCUGGAAUACUACUGAAGACCUCUAUGCUCUGCCAUUCUUCCCUUUGGGGUGGGGCUCAGCCUUCAUUCAGGUAGCCAAAUGUCUGAUUUUCAGCCAAGAUCUUUCUACUUUGUCUUGCUGAUAUUACAAUAGGCUUUACCAAAUGCCUUGCUGGACCCAGUGAGAUGUGAUGUGCAAAGCAAUCCUCACAGCACUAUAUAAAUGCUAGAUGAUAAAUUACUAAUGUCUAUCUGAUCUUCCACUCAGCUACUAGUUGAAUAACCAAAAAGGGUAAUGAGGUUAUUCUGACCUGACUUGCUCUUAGUGAACCUUUGCUGCUUUCUAGUGAUUACCCUUUUCUACAUCAGUCAGAUCAAUUCAUUUCUCCACUCGGUAGAAGGCAACCUUCCAUUUGGUUUAUUCAACCUUUUGGAAUGGAUGUUGAUAGCAGUUAAGUAGGCAAAGGUAGCAUGGUCAGUUCAGAGCUAGAAGAGAUCUGGAAAGUCAACUAGUCUAACUCUCUCCUUUGAGUCAUCAUUGAUGCUCAUUGGUAGGAAGUGGUAGAAAUAGGAUUUGGGCUUGAGGUUUCUGAUUUCACAUCCCUUCCUCUUCUCUCAUAUUUUGAUGUGUCUCAGGAAUAUAGCAUUUUAUCAGUGGCUUCUUUUACUGGAGCAAAGAUCCCUCUCUUUUCCUGAUGACUUGAUGAGAAUAUUUUCCUGCCUGCUCAUAUCUGAGUAAUUAAGGUCUCUCUCUACUAAACUGUGACACCCGUCCUCCUGUUUUAUAGGAUGCAGUGCUUGAUGUUGGGCCAAAACAGUAUUGAACUGCAAAAAGAAAGCUUUUCCCCCUUUCAGAAUGGAAAUGUCACUCCCUUUAAAAUCUUCCUUUCUGAGUUAAUUUUGAUUGCAGGCUAUGCAAGAAACCACAGAGCUAAGUGUUUUCCAAAAACUCAUGACUGACUUAUUAGAUCCUUUUUUCUUAUUUUCUGGCUUGCUCUGGUUUAAAUAUAAUAAGGGGAUAAAAAAAUCUUGUCUCAGUAAAUGGCACUUGUUGUAUUCAUUUGUAUAUGUACCCAAAGCCCAAGCCCUGGGAAAAUUUGCCUUACCCUAGAUCUUUUUUUUUGUUAUUAAACCCUUACCCCCAGUCUUAGAAUCAAUACUAUGUAUUGGUCCCAAGGCAGAAGAAUGGUAAGGGCUGGGUAAUAGGGGUUAAGUGACUUGUCCAGGGUCACAUAGCUAGGAAAUGUCUGAAGCCACUUUUGAACCCCAGACCUCCCAUCUCUAGACCUGGCUCUCAAUCCUCUGAGCCACUUUGCUGCUUCCCUUGUCUGGAAUCUUAUCAUAAAACUAUCACAUACAUUUUUUUUGCUCCAUUAUUUUUUUCCUUAAAAAUUUUCCCAAUUACAUAUAGAAACAAUUUUUGACAAUUGUUUUCUAACAUUUCAUGAGUCAGAUUCUCUCCCUCAUUCUCUCUCCUUGAGGUAGUAAAUAGUCUGAAAGAAGUUAUUAUAGUACUUUCCUGCAGUUCCUGUUUCCAUAUUUCCCAUAUCGUGACAAGAUAUAUUAAAAAAAAAACAUAAAAAAGACAUACCAUAAAAAACUCAUGAAGUGAAAGAUAGCAUGCUUUGAUCUGCAAUCAGAUUCCAUUAGUUCCUUUUUUGGAUAUAGCAUAAUAUUCUAACCAGUAGCUGUGUCCUGCAUGGAUGUUCAACAGGGCUUAAACCCAUUGGGAUCUAUCAUAAGAUAAGAUCAUAGACAAUUAGAGCUGGAAUGGACCUUCAAAUUAAUUUUGUCUUUCCCUUUCAAUUUACAAAUGAAAAACUGAGGCUUAAGAAAAUGAAGUCAUGGGGGCAGCUGGGUGGCUCAGUAGAUUGAGAGCCAGGCCUAGAGAUGGGAGGUCCUAGGUUCAAAUCUGGCCUCAGACACUUCCCAGCUGUGUGACCUUGGGCAAGUCACUUGACCCCCAUUGCCUAGCCCUUACCACUCUUCUGCCUUGGAGCCAAUACACAAUAUUGACUCCAAGAUGGAAGGUAAGGGUUUUUAAAAAAGAGAAAAAAAAGAAAAUGAAGUCAUUUGUCCAAAGGUUUAAAACUUAUUAGUAUCAGGACUGAUGCUGGAACUUGGCUCUAUUGACUUCCAGUUCAAAAUUCUUUGAAGUCUAAUAUUGCUUUUCUGAUCUGGUCAGUGUCUUUGUAGUCAUGGAGCAAAAAGAUUGAGGGGGGUGGUAGUGACCAUCAGAGGAGAAGGCAAAUCUGCUUGCUGAGAGCAGGAAAAAAAAAAAGAUAUAUCUAUAUCAUGAUAAUGAGAUUUUGUCAUUGAAAAGGAUUCCUUUCCCAAGUUCAAUAUCAAGAAAUUGAACCCAAGAAAAUAAAAUGAUUUACUUAAGGUCACUUAGAUAUUGAAUGGAAGAACCAGAAUUUGAACACAAGGCGUCAGUCCCCUUCUGUAAUUUCUUUCACCUUAUCAUUUUGCUUCCCUAAAAAGUUGCCUGUAAAACACGUUUUAGCUAAAUAAUACUUUACAGUUAGAGCUGAAAAGAACCUGAGAGUUCAGCUGGAUCCACCUCUUCAAUUUGUAAAUGAGGGAAAUCGAGGCCCAGGGAAAUUGAAUAAUCACUUGUUUCCAAAGUCACACAGACAGUAAUCAAAUGUAGGGUCUGAACCCAGGACUUUGAACAGCAGAACAACUAUUUUGAGACCCAGUCUUGCCACUUACUGAAUGUGCUAAAGUUGGCUUACUUCUCUGGGUCUCAAUUUUCUCAUCAUAAAAUUAAAGUAUUGAAGUUUUUGCAUUCUAUGUUUUUACAUUGGAUGUCUCCCCAGGAUGCCACUUUUUUUUUUUAAGUCCACAACUGAAAAUGUCAUUUUUUGGUAUACUUACUUUUUUCUUAGAAAAGAAGGAGCAGUGAAGGUCUGUGGUAAGAUCCCAUAGGAGCACUGCAACUCCACAAUCUGGAACUUUUUUGUUUGUUUGUUUCCCACAAGUCUAGAAAGGUGCAAAGGUCUCAAGAUUGGGAGCUGAUUUUCACCAUCCUAGGCUUUCAUUAGGGAUAGAUAGGUGAGUUGGCCAGUGACUUGUCAUCUAUCAUGGACAAAUUAGAGGAGGCUUUGUCUUCAUUUACAUAUAUAUAUAAAAAGAAAUUUACAUAAACACAUUUAUAUAUAUAAAUAAAUUUAUACACACAUCAUUAUCUUCUGUCUUAGAAUCAAUACUAUGUAUGAGUUCUAGGACAGAAAAUUGGUAAAGGCUAGGCAAUUGGGGUUAAGUGACUUGCCUAGUCACACAGCUAGGAAGUAUCUGAGGUCAAAUUUAAACCCCAAACUUCCUGCCUCCAGCCUGGCUCUAUCCAUUGGGCCACCUAGCAGCCCCUGCAGCCAUUAAGUUUAGUAAGAGUGCUUUAAUUUGUUUAAAAAGAAAUGAGGACAAAAGAAAUGAGGGGGAGGGGCCUCUGAAAUUAAAUCCACAUUACAUGCUAAGUAAUUAAAUCUAUUAAGACUGGAUGUGAAAAAUAGAGACCUGCUCUCUUCCAAACAAAUUAAUUUUUUUUUUCCGAAUAGCUCUGUCAGUUGUGGACAGUUUAGCCCUUUCCUGAAGUUUAGCACUGUAUCUGUUGUAUUUUCCUCCCCGUCCCCUGACUCCCAGAAUAAAGGGGAAUAAGAACACAGUGUAUUCAGAGGUUUGGGGUGGAGGUGGGGCUGAUGGGGAGUGGUGGGGGCUGGGAGUAUUGGUUCAGUAAUCAAACCAGACGGAUACAAUCUUAAACCUGCAUACAGGAGUUUGGGGGUUUGAUUCGGCCGCCCUUCUCCUCAGCCCACUCUUGUGCUGAUCUCUCUGGGUGACCCUCUUUCCGCUUCCUCUCUCUACGCCUUCCAGCCCAACCGUGGAGAGCUAAGCUGCCGAAUGAAUCAGCCGCCCUCCAUCCUUAGCCUUGCUCCAAAGCAGCCUUUAGUCCCCGGUUUGGCCCGCCUGGCAGGAUGAGGAGGAAUUUCUGAUCCGGCCGGCUAGUUCCCAGUGAUGGGAAGAUAAUAAGAGCAAGUGAGCACCCCCCGCCCCGGCCUUUUCACUCAUCCAUCCCCUUUCCUUGACACCUCUGUCAUUAACGCGCCAGGUGCCUUGUCCUGGGGAAGGACUCCGCCCCUUGCAGUUUUUCGUGCCGAAUGCUGCCUGGUGCUUUUUCUAGUGCUGCCUUUGUUCGUGUUGGCUUUCAUUUCUUUCCUUUCCGACUGACCUCGCGUUCUCGUUGCUGUAUCAUUGUGGAGUAUGUAUUUAUUGUGUUUUACAUACCUGAAGAUAUUAUAUGUGUACAAAUACGAAGUUAUAUAUAAAUGAAAAAUGUCAACGCAUGAGCAUAUGUACAGUAGAUAUUUUAAAGAGCUAUUUAUCAAAAAGUGUGUUAUAAAGUAAACAGAGUCUAUAUUUUAUAUAUUAUGUAGAUAGCAAAAAAAAAAAUAGCAUUUAAGUUAUAGAAGAGGGAUUUUUUUCCUUUGGGUAGCAGAAAAGGACAAUGAAUGUGGCCAUUUUUGGUGUUUUGAGUCUUAGGAUUCUCAUGUUUUAGCAGCCAGACCGCUAGGAGAGGAAGCUUUUCUUCCCUACCUGGCCUCGUAGGGGCCACUAGCCCGGUUUCUAGGAGGGGCUCCCUUGGCAUUGCUCUGGGAAAUGUUGUUUGCCUCACUCAGCCACCUGGUAUGUGAUGCAUAAAACAUGGUUUCCGGCUGUUCUACAUGUUUGCAUUGAUGGGAUAAGGGAACUCAAAGUGGCAAAUAAAGACAUAAAAGAAGAAUGUAA